CUGCAGCAGCGGGCGCAGGCCGAGGACUGGGAGAAACGCGCCGUCCUCGCGGUGGGUGAAGGAAAGGACGAGCUGGCAAAGCGCGCUCUGGUACGCAAGCAGGAGCUCGGCGAAUACGUCGCCAGCUACCAGGACCAGUGGCAGGCACAGCGCGAUUCGGUCGAGCAGCUCAAGGGAUCGCUGCGCGAUCUCACGCAGAAGAUCGAGGAAGCGCAGCGCAAGAAGAACAUCCUGAUCGCCCGCGCCAAACGGGCCGAGGCGCAGCAGCGUAUCCAGUCCACCCUGAGCACAUCCCGCGAUACCUCCGCGUUCGAGGCGUUCGACCGCAUGGCCAAGAAGGUGGACCAGAUCGAAGCGCAGGCGGAUGCGGAACGUGAGAUCAACCAGAUCGACACCGGCGACAAGGCGCUCGAAAGCGAGUUCAAGCAGCUCGAGAGAGGCGACACGUCGGCGGACCAACUGUUGGAAGACCUCAAGAAAAAGAUGGGGCAGAUCGAGGACAAGUCCUCGGAGAGCGCAAGCCAAGGUACGUCGGGCGGCUGA